CAUGUGUAAUAUACAUCGAAAUAGAACAGACAUUGAAGCAGUUCAUUAAGUUCGUUUAUUCGAUUAGCAUGAGCGUCAAAACCACGUUUUCGGUCGGGUUGAAUCACAGCACUCAUCAUAUAUUCGAUCAGUCAAUUAGCUGAUACGGUCACUGUCGAAAGCAUUGUAAUAACUCGCGCGAAUAAAUCUAAAAUGACAAAAAGUGCAGAGACCGAUACAUCGGAUAUUCCGAUAAUCGAUGUACAGAAGUACAUGAACAAUGUAGAGGCCAAAGAACAGUGUAAAAAGGUUGUCCAAUCGUUGCACGAGCAUGGUAUCUUAAUUGUGAAGGAUACUCGAGCAACACAAGAGGAUAAUGAUUCGUUUAUAAAUGUAAUGGAGCAGUAUUUCGAACAGACCGAUUUCACAACAGAUGCUCGACCCAACUUCAGCUAUCAAAUCGGUGUCACACCAGAAUUGAAAGAACGACCCAGAAAUCAUUGUGCACGGAUAGCAAAACUUGAUCCAAUGCAUCAGCCUGUUACAUUAUGUCCACCGCAAUUAGAUAAGAAAAGUCGAUUCUAUUGGAGAAUUGGCAAACGUCCGGAGAACACGAAAUUCAAAGAACUGAAUGCCGAGCCAGUCAUACCUGCCGGAUUUCCCGAAUGGCCUGACGUGAUGAAUACAUGGGGCGACAAAAUGCUUGCUACUUUACAUGUGGUUGCAUCUAUGGCCGCUGAAGGUUUUGGAUUGGAGAAGGACAUUUUCCACAAAAAAAUGACAAAUGGUCCACAUCUGUUGGCGCCGACGGGAUCGAAUUUUAAUCGAUAUGGAACACUUGGCACCGUUCUUGCUGGAUAUCACUAUGAUUUAAGCUUCUUAACCAUUCAUGGAAAAUGUCGAUUUCCUGGCCUGUACAUCUGGUCGAGAAAUGGUCGAAAAAUACUCGUUCGCGUGCCCGAUGGAUGUUUACUCGUUCAGGCCGGCAAAGAGAUGGAAUACCUAACUGGAGGCUAUGUUCGUGCUGGUUUUCACGAAGUCGUCGUUUCAAAGGAAACAGUAGAAGCAAUCGAAAAACGAGCAGCGAAACAGCAAUCGCUGUGGCGUGUCUCAUCAACAUUAUUCGCUCACAUUGCAUCGGAUUUGGUUCUGCAGCCGUUGGAUUCGUUUAAAACGGAAGAAUCGUUGAAAAUGUAUCCGGCUGUACUUGCUGGGGAUCAAGUUCAGGCUGAGCUGAAUCUAAUUGAACUGGGCACUGGAUAUACUCUUAAUCGUUAAGUGCCGAUAAAUAUAAGCAAACUAAUGAAUCGCACAUUCAUCACAAAGAAAGACUUGGAAAAAGGGGAAAAUUAAAACGAAUGAU